AAUAUUACUCAAAAUAAAUAAUUUCUUAGAUAAUAAAAUAACUAUUUAAGAAAGAAAAAAUGGUAUCUAGCUCAAAAAGUAGUAGUGAGAUUGAGUAUGACCGCAAGGGUGAUUUAAAAGCUUUUGAUGAGUCAAAACUCGGGGUUAAAGGCCUCGUUGAUGCUGGUGUCACCACCUUACCUCGAAUAUUUGUCAACCAAGAAGCAACCGCUCCAUCACGUGAGUCGGAGGUGGUCUACACCACCUCCGACAACCCACACGUCAACAUUCCGGUGAUAGACCUCUCCGGUGUGGUGGAAGACGGUGGCGACUUAGAGAAGAGACGGGAGGUUAUGAAGGCGGUAUCGGAAGCGUGUGAAAAAUGGGGAUUCUUUCAAGCGGUGAACCAUGGUGUUCCAACUCAUGUUUUAGAUGAGAUGAUUAAUGGUGCUAAGAGGUUCCAUGAGUUGGAUGUUGAGAGUAAGAAGGAAUAUUACAUGGUGCGUGGUGUUAAUUCAGGUAGGAAGUUUUCUUAUACUUCCAACAUGUAUUUGUAUACUGGAAAAGUCACUAAUUGGAGGGAUACUACUAUUGCUGGAAUGGAGCCAAUGCCAGAUCCUCAGGAUUUUCCUGAGACAUGCAGGGAAAUAACGAUAGAGUAUGCAAAACACAUGAAGAAAGUAGCAUUGACAUUCCUUGAGCUAAUAUCAGAGGCCAUGGGAGUAGAGUCAAAUUACCUGAAAGACAUGGAUUGUUGUCAAGAGUUUUUGCAUUUAACUCACUAUUAUCCACCAUGCCCGCAACCAGAGUUAGCCAUAGGCAUUAACCAACACGCGGAUAAUGAUAUCGUAACUCUGCUUCUCCAAGAUGAAAUUGGUGGUCUCCAAGUACUUCAUGAUAAUCAAUGGCAUGAUAUCCCCCACAUUCCUGGUGCCGUGAUCAUUAAUACCGGCGAUCUCCUACAGCUGAUUAGCAAUGACAAGUACAAGAGUGUAAUACACAGGGUGCAAUCCAAGAAGGUGGGCCCAAGAAUUUCUGUGCCGUGUUUUUUCAGGCCAAAAACGAAUAACCCAAGAAUCCUUGCACCAAUUAAGGAAUUAUUGUCGCCGGAAAACCCCGCAAUUUAUAGGCCAACCACCACCGGUGAAUAUAUUGCUCAUUACCACUCUACUGGCCAAGAUUACGGUGUCAAGCCUGCUCUAGACCAUUUCAAACUCGCUAAUUAAUUAAUUAAUUAAUUAAUUAAUUAAUUAAAAUCAUGAAUUUUUAAUUACGCGUCUACUUUCUCCGAAUUAAGUUGAGUCAAAUAAUAAUGAAAUGAAGAUAGAUGACUUAGUCAUUCUCUUCACAUUACAAAUGUAUUAGAUUGUUUUAUGGUACUAGUAUUUAUUAAGCUUCGUUUUUAGUUUUAUUUUUUCUUUUCCAGUUUUCUGUUGUUUUUUGUGCUUCUCUAGUAUUCUUGUCGAAAUAUAAAAUUAAAAUGUAAUAUCCGUUCUUGUGACUUCUAUGAAUAAUUCUAUUUGUAUUCGGUCCUAA